GCUGGAUUCACAUAAUUAGAAGACUUCUGCUGUGCUUUGCACUGGGGAGUGCUGCUCAAAGGACCCUUGUUGCUGUAGGAGAAUGGCUGCAAAGAAAAAGGAGGUAGUCCUUCAGAUUAACAUCAAUAGCCAGGAACUCUGGGAAGAAAUGCUGUGUCUCAAAGGCCUCAUUGUUGUUGAUGCAUUUCAAGCCUGGUGUGGUCCCUGCAAAACAGUAGUGGAUCUUUUCCGAAAAAUAAGGAAUGAAGUCAGCAGUGACCUCCUGCAUUUUGCUGUGGCUGAAGUUGAUUCCAUUGAUGCUCUGGAAAAAUACAGAGGAAAAUGCGAGCCUGUCUUUCUGUUUUAUGCAGGAGGAGAACUGGUAGCUGUUGUAAGAGGAGCGAAUGCACCAUUGCUGCAGAAGACCAUUCUGGAACAGCUGGCAAUGGAAAGGAAGGUUUUAGAACAUGGAGGAGAGCGUGUGGUGAUUGAUGACAAAGAAUUCGACAUUCCUCAAGUUGAUACCCCUCCAACGCUGGAAAGCAUCUUAAAUGAGACUGAUGAUGAAGAAGAGUCUUUCAUUCUGGAGGAUCCUUUUCUCUUGAACAUCGAUAACACGGAUACACAUUCCUAUGACACAUCUUCUGUAGCAAGUUCUGACAGUGGGGAUCGGACACACCUGAAAAGGAAGAAAAAACUCCCAGAUUCUCUUUCUCUCCAUGGAUCAGUUAUACGACUCUCGCUUCUGAAAGGAAUUUCUGCCCAGAUUGUAUCUGCAGCAGACAAAGUGGAUGCUGGCUUGCCCACUGCAAUAGCAGCAUCAAAUCUGAUAGCAGUGGGGACUUCUCAUGGGUUAGCACUGAUUUUUGGAAAAGACCAAAACCAGGCCCUUCGACUGUGUCUGGGCAGCACUGCUGUUGGGGCCCAGUAUGGGGCUAUUUCGGCUCUCAGCAUCAACAAUGACUGUUCGAGGCUCCUGUGUGGCUUUGCGAAAGGACAGAUCACAAUGUGGGAUCUGGCCAGUGGGAAGCUGCUACGAUCAAUAACAGAUGCCCACCCCCCAGGAACAGCUAUUUUGCACAUUAAGUUUACAGAUGACCCGACACUUGCAAUUUGCAAUGAUAGCGGAGGCUCCGUAUUUGAACUGUCAUUUAAGAGGGUUAUGGGAGUGAGAACAUGUGAAUCUCGAUGUCUCUUCAGUGGCUCAAAGGGGGAGGUUUGCUGUAUUGAACCACUACAUGCAAAAGUUGAGCUGAGAGACCAUCCUAUCACCCAGUAUUCGCUAUUGGCCAUGGCCUCACUGACAAAGAUACUAGUUAUUGGCCUGAAGCCAUCUCUGAAAGUGUGGAUGACUUUUCCCUAUGGUCGUAUGGACCCUUCUAGUGUCCCUCUUCUGGCGUGGCAUUUUGUGGCUGUACAGAACUCUGUGAACCCCAUGCUUGCAUUUUGUCGAGGCGAUGUCGUUCAUUUUCUUUUGGUAAAGAGAGAUGAUACUGGUGCAAUACAUGUCACUAAGCAGAAGCAACUCCAUCUACACUAUGACCUCAUCAACUUCACUUGGAUAAAUUCACGGACAGCAGUGCUUCUGGACAGUGUGGAGAAGCUGCACGUUAUAGAUCGUCAGACACAAGAGGAGCUGGAGACCAUAGAGAUUCCAGAAGUUCAGCUGGUCUACAACAGCAGCCACUUCAAAUCGCUGGCUACAGGAGGCAAUGUCAGUGAAGCACUGGCAUUGGUUGGAGAGAAAGCUUGCUACCAGUCCAUCAGCAGCUGUGGUGGUCAGAUCUUUUACCUGGGAACUAAGUCUGUUCACGUCAUGACAUUGAGGAGCUGGAGAGAGAGAGUUGACCACCUUCUGAAACAAGAGCGUCUCACUGAUGCCCUGGCUCUUGCUUGGUCCUUUUAUGAAGGUAAAGCAAAGGCUGUAGUAGGCUUGUCUGGGGACACGAGCAAGCGGAAAGCAGUCAUUGCAGACAGGAUGGUUGAAAUCCUUCUCCAUUAUGCUGAUCGGACUUUGAAGAAAUGUCCUGACCAAGGAAAAAUCCAGGUUAUGGAGCAACAUUUUCAGGAUGUGGUGCCUGUCAUAGUUGAUUACUGCCUCUUACUCCAGCGCACGGAUCUAUUAUUUAAUCAGAUAUAUGAUAAGAUGAGUGAGAAUUCUGUAGCUAAAGGCAUCUUUCUGGAGUGCUUGGAGCCAUAUAUCUUGAGUGAUAAGCUGAUGGGAAUCACAGCUCAAGUGAUGAAAGACUUGCUGCUUCACUUCCAAGACAAGAACAGGUUGGAAAAUAUGGAAGCUUGCAUUGUGCAUAUGGAUAUCACCAGCUUAGACAUACAGCAGGUAGUUCUUCUGUGCUGGGAAAACCAUCUCUACGAUGCCAUGAUCUACGUCUACAACAGUGGGAUGAAUGACUUCAUUAGCCCCAUGGAGAAACUGUUCAAAGUCAUUGCUCCUCCGCUGAAUGCUGGGAAGUCUCUCACAGAUGAACAGGUGGUAAUGGGCAACAAGCUGCUUGUAUAUAUAAGCUGCUGCUUGGCAGGCCGUGCGUAUCCACUGGGUGAUAUUCCUGAAGAUCUGGUACCUCUGGUUAAAAAUCAGGUCUUUGAAUUUCUCAUCCGGCUACAUUCAACUGAGGGAUCUGUGGAUGAAGAGGUCUACCCUCACAUUCGUACCUUGCUGCACUUUGACACUCGGGAAUUCCUUAAUGUUCUUGCUCUGACUUUUGAAGACUUUAAGAAUGACAAGCAAGCUGUGGAAUAUCAACAGCGAAUCGUGGACAUACUUCUGAAAGUCAUGGUAGAGAAUUCUGACUUCACCCCAUCACAGGUUGGCUGUCUCUUUACUUUCCUUGCCCGUCAGCUUGCCAAACCCAACAACACGUUGUUUGUGAACAGGACGCUUUUUGACCAGGUCCUUGAAUUUCUGUGUAGUCCAGAUGAUGACUCCCGCCAUUCAGAGAGGCAACAGGUCCUUUUAGAAUUGCUUCAGGCAGGAGGGAUAGUACAGUUUGAAGAGAGCCGUCUUAUCCAAAUGGCAGAAAAAGCUGAAUUUUAUCAGAUUUGUGAGUUUAUGUAUGAACGAGAGCUUCGCUAUGACAAAAUCAUUGGCUGUUACCUGCGUGAUCCAGUGAGAAAGGAAGAAGUUUUCAACUAUAUUCACAACAUCCUGUCCAUGCCUGGCUACAGUACUGAAGAAAAGCAGUCAGUGUGGGACAAAGCUUUGGAACAUAUAAAGGAGUUGCUGCUACUUAGCCCAUGUAAAGCAGCUGACUUGGUAGCCAUCCACUUCAGCGAGCAGAUUGAGAGCAUCAUUACAAACCUUCAGGACCAGUUCUUACUCUUCCAGUUUCUAAGGAGUCUGCUUGAUCCGAGAGAAGGCAUCAACCAAGACUUGAUUCAUUUGCCACCCUGCAUCACAGAGCAGUUCAUUGAGCUGCUGUGUCAGUACAGCCCAGAUGACGUUUUGGAGACGCUUAAAGUUCUGGAAUACUGCAGGCUGGAAGAAACCAUCCAGAUAACCCAGAAACAUCAGCUCCAUGAAGCUUCCUCAUAUUUACUGGAGAAGAAGGGAGAUAUCCACGGUGCCUUUCUGGUCAUGCUUGAGCGAUUGCAGAGCAAGUUGCUGAUGCUUACACAAGAUGAUGAAAGUUCAGAACAACUCCCCUUGCUAGAAAACAUUGAAGAUACCUUAAUGAAAACCAUUGCUCUUUGCCAGAGGAAUUCACACAACUUAAACCAACAACAGCAAGAGGCACUCUGGUUUCCCCUACUGGAGGCUAUGAUGUCCCCACAGAAACUGUCUGGUUCUUCACAGUAUCGGUAUGCUGAAUCCUUGAAGAGUUUGACAAUGCAAGUGCUGAACAACAUGGCUGCAUUUAUCGCUCUUCCCUCAAUCCUACAGAGAAUUCUGCAGGAUCCAGUUUAUGGAAAAGGGAAACUUGGAGAAAUUCAAGGACUUGUCCUGGGAAUGUUGGACACUUUUAACUAUGAACAAACCCUUCUAGAGACAACUACAAAUCUUUUAAACCAUGAUCUCCACUGGUCCUUGUGUAACCUAAGAGCUUCUGUCACUAGAGGGCUUACCCCAAAGCAGGAUUACUGCUGCAUUUGUUUACAGCAGUACAAAAGAAGGCAAGAAACUGCUGAUGAAAUCAUUGUUUUCAGCUGUGGCCACUUGUACCAUUCUCUGUGUCUGCUGAGUAAAGAGUGUGGGGUAGUAACCAAAGGCCUGAUGCAGUGGAUGUGCUAUAAAUGCAAUUCAAGCAACAAGGGAGGAAAACUGAGUGAGAACUUCUCAGAGCUGAAAAAAGGAAGUGUGACAUCCUUGGCGCAGACAGGUUCAGAGUCUGUGUUAGAUCCUCAGCAAAUCCAAGCUUUCGACCAACUCUGCCGACUCAACCGAGGAACCUCCAGACUAGCUCUCCUGACAGAACUGUCCCGCACCCAUGGUGAAAAGCACGGGCCGCUCAGUGUUGCGCACGGUGACCCCGCCGCCAGCAGCGUCUUCCAGAAUGAGACCUUCCAGCUGCACCUGGCGCCCCCCCCGCUGGUGGAAGAGUAGUGCUCCUGCUCUGCAGGGAGCUUUUCUGUGACGAUGCUGGAAUUUCCCCGCCGCUGCCCUUCCCAGAGCCCUGUGUGCGUGCUGAGCCUUGCUGGGCACGUGAGGGUUUGCAGCAGCAGGUGACCUUGUGCCGCCGCUCACCGAACAGAGCGGCAGCUGCGGGGCAGCUGGACGGGAAGCUGGGAAGCCUGGGGUCAAAACCGAGCAUGCUGAAGCACUGCAAGCACUGGGGCCAAACUGCGCUGACCUGCAGGCUUGCGGCAGCACCCGUAGCUUUGCCAAAUAACUGUGUCCUCUCCGCUCCACUGGAGGAGUGUGCCUGUGGCACAGCGUGCCCCGCUGCCGUGUGCGGGGUUUGAGGGCAAAGAAUGGGCAAACCUGGGAAAGGCUGUGGAAAGCAAUUCACAUGUGAGAAAACGAACCUGAGCACAGCGUGUUCCUACAAACUUCCAUUAAAAAGGCCCUUGGUUGAAA